AUGCCAUCAAACUACCCACCCGAAAAUAUAUCCCCAGAUCAACUGAACUCAAUCUUAACCCAGAUAAAAGAUUACCAGACCAACCACGGCUCCUUACUCAAAGUCAUAGGCUCAGAAACGCCGCACAGCGUACACCUCCAGCCUGUCAGUGCAAGCGUGUUUCCGACGGUCUUUCCGCGGAGGUUAUUCAAUGAAGCUGUCGAUGAGUUGCAAUUGAUAUAUAAUGAACUGUAUUGCAAGCUUGCGGAGGAUGUUGAGUGGUUGCAUGCUGUUACAGGACCCUUGAGGAGGACGGAGCCUUUGGUUGAUGCGUUGUGGAGUGUUUACGAGGACGUUCAGAGGAGACGACAGGAUGAAGGAUCGCAGUAUAUUGAGCAGAGAGUUCAUGCCGGGGUGUUCAGGUCGGAUUAUAUGCUGCAUGUCGAAGGCGAUAGCGCCGAUAGUGACGACGACGACGAUGAUGACGAUGAAGAAGUAAACGAGAAUUGGACACAGAAUCUAUGCCUGAAACAGGUCGAAUUCAACUCCUAUUCCUGUGCUGGGGGAUGUCAUGCCGAUAAAGUCGCUGAUAUGCAUCGAUUCCUUGCUCGAUGGGGUCUUUAUGAUUUUGCACUCGAGAGCAAUGAGGGUCGAGAAGAGCAGGUGGUCAACACGAAAAUACCCCUCUCUACUCUACCCAAGAACAGCUCAAUAAACGGCAUUGCAUCGGUACUCGCUUCGGCGCACAAGAUCUACGGAUCAAAACCGCACAGUCCCAAAGCCACCCAUACAGCUGUUCUCAUGAUCGUCCAACCGAAUAACUUCAACAUCGCAGAUGAACGACCAAUCGAAUACGCACUAUGGAACUGGGUCGACGACGACGACCCAAUCGCAACAUACAGAAUCGAAUGGCAACUCGUCCUUGACCAUACCAAACUCACUCCAACGGGCGAACUACUAUUCUUCCCACCCGAGAGCGGAGAUAGUACGACAGCCAGCCCGGUCGAGAUAUCAGUUGUAUACCAUCGAGCCGGAUACGAGCCGCGCGAAUAUUCUGAAGUUGUCAACGGAAAGCAGAUUCGGACAAGACUCGAGUUGUCGCGUGCAAUCAAGUGUCCGUCUGUCCUGGGUCAUAUCACGACUAUAAAGAAAGUGCAACAAGUCCUAACUGUGCCGGGGACAUUGGGGCGAUGGCUUACGAAAGAAAAAGCAGAUAAAAUUCGUGGCACCUUUGUCGAGAUUCGUUCUCUUGAUGAUGUUAUGUCUUCUACGAAGAACCUAGAAGAGGAAGAGGAGUUGGCGGAGAAUUAUAUACUGAAACCAGCUUCUCUCGAAGGUGGAGGGCAUAACAUUUACGGCACUAAUAUUCCUGCUUUCUUGAAAACGCUUUCGCCAGACUCUAUUCCAGAUCAAUCGGCGUACAUACUCAUGCAAAAGAUACGUUCGCCGCUGAAUGUCUAUGGAAUGCUAAUGUCUUCUUCGAGGGGUGUCGUGGCUGAUGAAGUCGUUUCUGAGUUGGGCGUUUUUGGUGGUUGUGUUUGGGAAAGGAAGGAGUCAUCAUCUGACAGAGCGAGGUGCCAGGUGAUUGAGAAUAGGGUUGUAGGUUGGUCAUUUAAGACUAAGGAGGUGAAUGUGGAUGAGAUGAGUGUCGUUAAAGGUUAUGGUUGUUUUGAUACCCCAUUUUUGGUUGAUUAA